GAACGCCUGACAGUUUUCCUUCUUGGAUUUAUGACAUAAUAAAUCGAGAAGUACUUUCUUGUCGACGUGAUGCCGUUUGGUUCAUUUAACGCGGAAAAAGCAGCUGAGGCUGCUGAAGAGUUUUCCCAGCAGAUGGGUGAAAUUUACAAACACGAGUGUUACGGUCAAAGGAAGAGGGAAUCUUGCCACAUCUUAGCAGAGUUUUACAUGACAGUGGAGAAUGACUUUGCCAAAGCAAUGGAGCUGUAUGAGGACAACUGUAAAGAGCUCAAUGUUUAUGACAGUUGCUUGGCAUUGGGAAACAUAUUUCUCACCAGUAAAAAACAUAAAGAUCCCGAGAAAGCAAUGAGUUUGUUUCAUGAAGCAUGUGAGAAAAAUCAAGCUGGAGCUUGCAACAAUGCUGGACUUGUCUAUCAAAAUGGAGUAACUGGAUCGACAAUAGAAAAAGACAUAUCCAAGGCUGUUCAACUGUUUCAAAAAGCAUGCGACUAUGGACAUAAAAAUGGGUGCUUCAACCUAAGUGCAAUAUAUCUCAUGGGGAAAGAUGGCAUUCCAAAGGAUAUGAAAAGAGCAUAUGAACUGUCUUUGAAAAGCUGUGAAAUGAUGCACCCAUGGGGUUGUGCUAAUGUCAGUCGAAUGUAUGCUAUAGGUGACGGUGUAGAGAAGAAUACACAAGAAGCCGAGAAAUAUAAAAGACUUGCAAAAAAGUACUCUGGGCAGGUCGGUGACACAAGAAUGUGAACAAGGAAUUCUUUUCUCAUAAUGAGCAGUAAAAGAAAGAAGAGAAUUUUAUUAGUGUUUCAUGUUACAUGAUGGUAAUAUAGAUCAUAAAUCAGAUAUUGCUGCACCUCACCUGUUAUUGUUUACAAUAAAAUCCUAGUGUGGUAUUUUUGUUUAC